AUGAGGGAUCUUGCCAUUAUUUUAUUCAUUUUUGCUCUGUAUCACAACAUUCUGGCCCAAAAUGGAAAACCGGAAAUCUGCAGCAUGGUGCCUGAUAAAGAUGAUGGAACAGGAGCCGAUGUUAAGAUUUACAUGUACUAUGAUCAGACUCAAGACAACUGUUACCCGUUCCGAUACAGUGGAAAGGGUGGGGAUGGAAACCGCUUUACAAGUGAGAAAGACUGCAUGAGAAACUGUUCUGACAGAGCUGAAGCGCUGUUCCCUAGGGACGAACCUCGGGCUUGCACGCUUCCAAGAAAAAUAGGGGAAUGUACUGGCGCCUACAUCAGAUAUUUCUACAGCCCUGAGCAUCACACAUGCAAGACGUUUUUUUGGACCGGCUGUGUGGGCAAUGGAAACCGUUUCCUUUCAUUCAGCGACUGCAAUGCUACGUGUUACAAAGCAACAGAUGAAGGUCUUGAGGAUCAUUCAGAUGAAACAGAUAUACCAGUCGGGAUUAUCUUGGGUGUUGUCCUGGGACUCGUAGGUGCAAUUAUUCUCAUUGUGGUGAUUGUUUUUGCUGUCAAGAAGAAGCCUAGUUCAAAAAAACAUGAGAAAAAGGAGAAAACCAAGUCAGAACAGCCUUUAAAAGAAGAGAGAGUUGAAAUGGCCGGAGUAGAUGCACAGUCAAAUUCAACGCCAUAG